AUGGCCAAGGAAGACCAGGAGAAUACGGCGUUCAUAACGCCGCUCGGCGCCUACUGCUACACGGCCAUGACCUUCGGCCUCCGGAACGCUGGCGCCACCUACCAACGGUGCAUGAACAGCUGCCUAGAAAGCCAGAUCAGCCGCAACGUCCACGUCUAUAUAGACGACGUGGUCGUGAAGUCAACUCGCCAGGAUGACCUGGUCGCCCACCUCGCCGAAACAUUCGCAAACCUGCGGCGGUACAACAUCAAGCUCAACCCCCUGAAGUGCACCUUCGGAGUCCCAUCCGGACAGCUACUCGGCUACGUCGUCUCCAAACACGGCAUCGAGCCCAACCCGGAGAAAACGGCAGCGGUUAUGCGCACCAAGCAACCAACCUGCCUAGUCGACGCGCAGAAGCUCGCCGGGCGGGUCGCGGCACUAAGUCGCUUCAUCCCGCGACUCGGCGACAAGGCCAUGCCACUCUAUCGCCUCUUGAAGAAAUCAGAAUCGUUCGAGUGGACAGAUGAGGCGCAAAAGGCCCUAGAAGAGCUCCAACACGCUCUCAGAAAUGCACCCGUCCUCGCGGCCCCACUCCCUCAAGAAACGAUGUUGCUAUACGUCGCCGCGUCGAAUCGCGCGAUAAGUGCAGUCUUGGUCGUCGAACUACUGAGGGCCCAGCGGCGGCUGGCCCCUUACUUCCACGAGCACCCCAUCAAAGUGGUCGCUUCAACUCCACUCGCCGACAUCAUCCGUAACCGUGACGCAACCGGACGGAUAGCCAAGUGGGCAGUCGAACUCGGCGUCCACAACAUCACAUACGAGUCGCGCCAUACCAUCAAGUCCCAGGCAUUAGCCGACUUCCUCGUCGACUGGGAAGAAGCACAGCAGCCGAGCUCCCGGGCCGACCUCAAGCAUUGGACGCUACACUUCGACGGUUCUAAAAACCUCGAAGGGGCAGGCGCAGGCGUCGUCCUCACCUCGCCCAAAGGUGACGUCGUGCGGUAUGUCUUGCAGCUCCGAUUCGAACCCUGCACCAACAAUAUGGCCGAGUAUGAAGCACUCCUCCAUGGCAUGCGCGUCGCAAAGGAGAUGGGCGCAACUCGCCUGCGAUGCCUCGGCGACUCCGACCUCGUCGCCAGCCAGACGUCCGGCACCUGCGACGCCUCCGACGCCAACAUGAUCGCCUACAAACGAGCGGUCGACCAAGCCGGCGCUAGCUUCGCUGGCCACAACGUCGAGUGGAUCGACAGGCGCAAGAACGAAGAAGCAGACGCCUUGGCCAGGCUUGGGUCCAAGCGGAUACCACCCCCUCCAGGAGUCUUCCUCGACGUCCUCACCCGUUCAUCGGUGCACAUACCACGGGAAAUCGACAUCGCCGAACCACCUGCACCUGACUCCGCCCUAGUCACACUCGCCUCUGAUGCUGGGGACUGGACCGAGCCGUACCUCAGCUACCUCGAGCGCCAGGUACUGCCGACGGACGAAACAGAGGCACGCACCCUCGUGCGCCGCUGCAAGUCCUUUCCCAUCAUCAACAACGAACUCUACAAACGCAGCAUCUCCGGGAUAUUUCAGCGCUGCGUCACCGCCGAUGAAGGUCGCAAGAUCCUCCGGGACAUCCACGCGGGCGACUGCGGCCAUCAUGCAGGCGCCCACUCGAUCGUGGCCAAAGCUUUCCGGCAUGGCUUCUACUGGCCAACAGCUCACAACGACGCCAUGGCUAUCGUUCGAGCAUGCGCUGGGUGCCAGAAAUACGCCAACCAAUCGCACAUGCCGGGCUCAGCACUGAAGACCAUACCCCUCACCUGGCCAUUCGCCGUCUGGGGCAUGGACAUGGUAGGAAAGUUCAAAACGGCGCCCGGCGGAUAUACCCAUCUCCUCGUCGCCGUGGACAAGUUCACCAAGUGGAUAGAGGCAAAACCCAUCAAAAAAUGCGACGGCAAAACGGCGACCAAGUUUCUCCGGGAGUUGAUCUACCGCUACGGCUACCCCCACAGCAUCAUCACGGAUAACGGUACAAACUUCGCCAAAGGAGAAAUGGCUGACUUCUGCGAAGAAAAGGGCAUCCGACUCGACCUCGCGGCAGUCGCACACCCCGAGUCGAACGGACAAGCAGAAAGAGCAAACCAGAGCAUCCUCCAUGGGAUCAAACCACGGCUGAUGGUACCCCUGGAGCGCGCGGCCGGCUGCUGGGCCGAAGAACUAUCUUCGGUACUCUGGGGCAUUCGCACAACACCAAAUAGGUCGACCGGCUACACGCCCUUCUUCCUGGUGUAUGGCGCCGAAGCCGUCAUGCCAACAGACAUCGCCUAUGAUUCACCACGAGUCGCCAACUACGUCGAAGAAGAAAACGAGCAAUCUUGGCAAGACAACGUCGACAUCCUCGACGAGGCACGAGACCUCGCACUCUCCAGAACGGCCAUUUACCAGCAAGGCCUGCGCCGAUACCAUAGUCGCCGAGUGCCCAGUCGCUCCUUCCAAGAAGGCGACCUCGUCCUUUGGCUCAUACAAGACAAGAAGGGCAUGCACAAGCUUUCUCCCCCGUGGGAGGGACCGUUCGCCAUCAGCCGCGUGCUUGGCAACGAUGCCUACUACCUCACUGACGUACGCAAGAACGACAAGGGCGAGCCGCUCACCAGAGAAGUCGAGCGUCCCUGGAACGUCAACCUUCUCCGCCGGUUCUACAUCUAG